AUUCUUAACUACCUCCGCCAGGCCCCAAUUAACAUCUAGGGUUCUCUCAAAACGCCGCUGUUCGGCCUUCUGGGAAUUGGGAAGCUCUAAUUUCAUCGAAAUCGAUCCUUUUUCCUUACACCAAUCUCGUUUUUCAACCUAAUUCGGCGUCUCUAUUCAGAUUUCUUCCUCUUUUCUGAAUCUGAAAGCGAACGAGCAAGCUUUUUCUGUAAAAAAAUGGAGGUGGUUGAAGGAGAUCAAGAUUUCACUUCAUUGAUUAAGCUUUUGGCGUCCUCCAACAAGGCGACUCGGGAUAAAACCCUUCGUGUAAUCAUCAAGACAUGGCUUCCCACUCAAACGAGCAUCUCCGAUGGCGAUAUGAAGAAGCUUUGGAAGGGUUUGUUCUACUGUGUUUGGCAUGCCGAUAAGCUUCCUGUUCAAACCGAGCUUAUUAAUCGCCUUGCUUCUUUGCUCCUAAAUCUCGAAUUGCCGCUUGCUUUUCAGUACUUUUCUAUUUUUCUUCUCACCAUGCGUCGUGAAUGGGCUGGCAUUGAUGCGCUUAGGUUAGAUAAGUUUUACCUUUUGAUUCGUAGAUUUAUGCACCAGUUUUUUGCUUUGUUGAAGAAGAAUUCUUGGGAUUUGGAACUGUGUCGUCGUUUAGUUCAAGUUUUGGAAGAAAGGGUGUUUUUCACUGAUGAUAAGUUUCAUGGGAAUGGUGUUAAUUAUCAAAUUGCUUCUGUGUUUCUUGAAGAACUUAGGCCGUUUCUUCCUCUUGGGAAGGAUGUUAUUGAUAUCCUGUUCAAGCCAUUCAUUUUGUCCAUGGCUAAAUUGUCUGAUAAAGUUAUGUUGGGAAAAAUUAAGUCUAAUCUUUUUGAUGUGUUACUUAAAAUGGGGAAGCAAUUGAUCGAGCGUCGAAAAUGUGGAGAGAUCAACUCUGAUGAUGAUAUAGUUGUGUAUGGGACAAUUCCAUUGACAAACCUUUUCUCCUCUACAUUUUAUGAAUUGGGUUCUUCACCUGAUUGUUGUCAAUCGAAUAGAAAGGUACUGUUUGCGAUGCACGAAGAGUAUCAGAAAUUGGAGAAAAGUUUUAUCUCGUCGGGGAUUGAGAUUUCCAUGCCAGAUCUUCAAGAGCAAGAUGGGGAUGAAGUGCCUACUUUGGUUCCUAUUUCCGGUGAAGAAAUUUCCAUGGCUGAUGUUGAUGUUAACAAUGAAAUCACUGAUAAGGCACUUAAAAAGAAAAAGAAGACUAAAAAGGCCUCCGAUGGCAGUGGCAAGAAGAAGGCUAAGAAGGCGAAGAACACGAACGGUAUUUCUGAUCUUGUUUCUAACAAUACUCAUAUGAAUAAGGACGAUGAGAAUAUAGUUGUUGCUAACGGUGAGAAUUCUAAUAAUGAACAGAUUAGUGAUGGAAAUAUGAUAACGUUUGAUGAAUCUGUGAUAUCGAACCUUCAGAUGCAAUUCGAGAGGGUUGCUGCUGAAGCUGAGUUUGGAGACAAUGAUAUGAGCCCUGUAAUAUCAGCCAAUGGCUCAGUCAAGAAAAGAAAGAGAGCGAAGAAGGUCGAUGUGCAGCACACACAUGAUGUAGUACUUCCUAAUCAAGUUGACACUGAAGGAAAUACAGUUGCAAAAAGUGGAGAGAAUAGUGUAAAGAAGGUAAGAUUUUCCAUGAAAAAUAACUUGGUAUGGAAACCCCAUAAUCCGUUGCCACCGGAAAGUUUGAGACUGCCCCCCACCGUUACUCCGAGAGGAAGUGCCCUUAAGAAAGGAAUACCUCCAGGUCCUAUCUUGGAAUUUCCUGCCACAACUAAAAGAACAAAAAGGAGAGCUGUUGCAAUGAGGGCUAAGAAAGGUGUAAGAAGCUUGCCCGUCAAACGUUUGAAGAAACCGAAAUCUAAGAGUACUUAGAUACUUUCUUUCAUCGGGUAUGAAGUUGCAGAGGUCCAACGCUUACUGUUUUUAUUUUAUCAUUUAAUUAGUUUCUUAAUUACCUCGUUUUGUUUGGGCUUUGUUGUCAUAUUGACUGACUUCCAUGAACUCAACCAUUGAAAAGGAAUGAAGAUUCUGAUGCAUUGAGCUGAGAACUUGAAAUUGAUGAUGCCCCUUUGAAAAUUCUAGCUUAGCUGAUAAUUUUUUUUUACUUCUAAGGGAGUAAGGGUUUUGCAGCAUAAAUGAGUGAGAUCAUUUAGGGUAGAAUUUCGGCCGGGAGGGAACGUGACGGUUGCUGUUUUUGUUCUUCCUUUUAUAACGGUUGCUGUUUUUCCUUCUCAGUUUGUAAUUAUUGAGAUGAUCAUUAGGCAAAUGUAUUUUUGUUUUGAUGUUAGAAGUAGUAUUCAUCUGGACGAAUGACUGGAAGUGCAUAUUGUAGAUUGGUUAUUGAAUCUGCAUUUUUUCA